ACCGCCCGGCCAAAUCCAGCGGCGCAAUACUCCCCACCCACUUUGUCCCUCUCCUCCCUCCCCAGUCGCAGUCCCCCCCGGCGCUCGCACGCGCCCGCCCGAUCCCGGAUCCCCGAUCCCCCCCUGCGCGAUGGCGGCCAGCCUGUGGCGCGCGGUGAUGGGCUCCUCCUCCUCCCCCUCGUCGGGCGGCGGCGACGACCCGGCGGCGGGCGGCGUGGAGUUCUGGCACGGCGCGGAGCGCGCCGGGUGGCUGACCAAGCAGGGCGAGUACAUCAAGACGUGGCGGCGGCGCUGGUUCGUGCUCAAGCAGGGCCGGCUCUUCUGGUUCAAGGACGCCGCCGUCACGCGCGGCUCCGUGCCCCGCGGGAUCAUCCCCGUCUCCUCCUGCCUCACCGUCAAGGGCGCCGAGGACGUGCUCAACCGCCAGUUCGCCUUCGAGCUCUCCACCCCGGCCGAGACCAUGUACUUCAUCGCCGACGCCGAGAAGGAGAAGGAGGAGUGGAUCAACUCCAUCGGCCGGUCCAUCGUCCAGCACUCCCGCUCCGUCACCGACGCUGAGGUCGUUGACUACGACAGCCGCCCCCAGCCCCCGCCGCAGCCGCAGCCCAAGAAGAGCGAGGCCAGCGAGCUGUCAGAGUAAGAUCGCGGUGAACUCCGUCGCCCUCUCUCGAUAUGACUCUGUUGUAUCAGCUUAUGUGAUUGUGAAUUCGUGUUUUUGUUUCUUAUUUAUUGACUGUAUUGUGUAUAUUAUUGACUGCUGUCUGGGAAUAAUUGGGUUUCAGUGUAUAGCUCAUUGACACUUUGGAUCGAUCACAUGUUAUAAUUUCCAAAAAUUGGUGGUCGUCUCCUAAUACAGUGCUCUGUAAAUUUUAUGCCUCUUGUUUCUGAAGUCGUGAAGUUUUUA